GCCAGGUUGGCGAUAAACAAACAUGGCGUCUUCUUCGUUCCAGUCCAUGAGAAAUUUUUGGAAAGAAUUUUCUCUUCCAGAUCUUCAGAAAUCUUUAGACACGACUGCAGCAGAGCUCGCAGAUCGCCAAGAUGAAUCAGAUACAUCGCGAAAAAAGCUCGUUGAGCUCAGUCGGGAUUUUAAAAAGAAUACUCCAGAGGAUACCAGGAAAAAGAUGGCACCACUUUUAAAGAGCUUUCAAGCUGAGAUUGAUGCUCUCUCAAAAAGAAGUAAAGCAUCAGAAACUGCUUUUCUCUCAAUUUACAAGAAACUUGUAGAUGUCCCAGAGGUAACUAUCAACAGACUGAAGGAAAAACUACGAGAGUAUGAGGACAAGAUGGAAGAAAGAGUUCAGGCAAGGACUAAGGAUAAAGAAAAAGACAUGCAGAAGAUAUUUUCUGAUAAAGAAAAGACAUUACAAGAAACUCAAGUUUCUGUUGCAAAGAAACUUGGUGAAGCUGAGCAUAAAGCAGCAACCCUCCAGGCUGCUUUGGAUAGUACUCAGUCAGAGCUUUUUGAUGUGAAAGCCAAGUUUGACGAAGUGGCUGCUGCAAGGUCUUCAGAAAUCGAAAUACUAGAAGGUGAUGUAGAAAGAGCAAAUCAGAGAGCAUUGAGUGCUGAAAGGCAAGUUGAAUCCCUCCGAGAAGAGCUUAUAGCUGCGCAGAAUGCUUUACAGAAUGCAGGUGAUGAGCAAAGGCCAAACAUGUCCGAGACCAUUGAUGCGAUUUCACGAUCAAGCUUGGAGCAUGAGUUAGCAGCUAAGGAGAGACAGAUAUCUCAGUUAGUAAAUGAUGUACAACAAUCACAAGCAAUACAGAAUAGAUUAAAAGAAUCAACUGCAAUUGAGAUUGCUAGGCUAGAGGAUCAACUUGCUAUCAAGACAUCAGCCCUUCAACAGUUGGAGGCAAAACUUGAUGAACAGGGCAACUAUGAAGAGAUCAAGAGGGAAUUGAACAUUUUGAAAUCAGUUGAGUUCUCUACAAGCCAGGAAACCAGGGAUGUAGAAAAGAUGGACUCUACUCCAAAAUCUCUAGAGAUGCUUCUUCUUGACAAGAAUAAAAAGCUUCAGUCUGAAAAUACAAGUUUAAAAGUUGAAAAUGUUGACCUGACAGGUCGUUAUUCUGAACUUCAUUUACAAUACAAUGAAGCGGUCAAUACAGUGAAGGAACAGAAGGAACUUAUUGCUCAGCUGGAAGCAGAUCUUCUGAGUGUGAACGCUCUUCCAUCUGCAUUCCGUGGUCAGGGAGAGGGCGAGGCAGGACCUCCUACUGAGACAGAACUUGUAUCUAAUGCAGUACAACAAGCUGUGGCACCAGCAGGUCUAACCGGUGAGAAUGUAGCCAUGGAAUCUCUUCUACCGAUCGUGGCCAGCCAGAGAGAGAGAUUUAAAAUCCGUAAUAUGGAAUUAGAAGCGCAACUACGCCAUAAUCAGCAACAGAUCAGUGUGCUGCAAAAUGAAGUGGACACCCUGAGGUCGGAUAACGUGAAGUUGUACGAGAAAAUCAAAUUUCUUCAAAGCUACCCCACGAAGAGUUCAGGGGGCCGAGAAGAAGAAGCCACAGUCAGCAGAUACUCGUCACAAUAUGAACAAAGAUUGGAUCCAUUUUCAGCCUUUAAUCAACGGGAGAAACAACAGAGAUACCUUGGGCUUAGUCCGCAUGAGAAGGUUACUCUAAACCUGGGUCGGUUUAUCAUGUCAAACAAAUUUGCUAGAACGUUCGUAUUUUUCUACACAUUGCUUGUGCACUUAAUGAUAUUUCUGGUUCUUUACAAGCUUGCGUACACAGAAUCUUGUAAGCGUGACAUUGCGUCAGAGUGCGCCAAAAGGUUCGCGGAACACAUGCACGACGUCCACGGACAAUAAAUUAGGAAGAAAGAAAAAAAAAAGGGUUAGAAUGUUACCUUAAACUAGGCAGUAAACGGGGCUGCACAGACUGAACAACUUUAAUGAAGAAUAACAAAGCGAACAAACAAACUUAAGGUUUAGAAAAGAUAUGGUCCUGUAAAUUGGACGAUAUUUCUAUCGAUGAUGGGGGAUAGGCUCGAUUACCAGCCGCUGUUCAGGAACCGGAGCCCGCGCUCCUCCCCGGAGAGGAAAGAGAAAGACUGGACCCGAGAGAGCGGCGGAAAACGAGCCUAUGAUUGGGGAUUGCUGUCCUGCUACACAGCGAGGAAAUCAUCACUGGCUUUCGUCGUAACGCAUGGCCAUGAAGAAUUGUCGGCUCUUGGAUAAACGGAGUAAAAAAAUUAACAUUUCUGUCACUGCGUUCUUCUAAGUGGAGUAUCUCUUUUUUUGUUUGGUAUGGUUUAUGAGUAGGUGAGUGUAGGUUCAAAUGAAGAAGUUAAACAUAUUGUAAUUAAAAAAUAAGAGUACAAAUAUUUCACUGUAACCAAUCCUCUCGUAUUCAAUCAAUAUUUUUUUAGCUCAGACAUUCUUUGCUGUUGACAGAAGUGGGAUAUUGUAUUAAUGAGGAAAGCCGAUACGAUCAAAGGCUAUUUGAUAUGUUCAUGUUUAACUUCUUAAAGCUAGACUGGUUAAAAUUGUCAAUGUAGAAAAAGCUGACAUAAACUAGAAACUUUAAAGGAUUAGCAAAACUCUAGGUUGUUAUUAAGAUAGCAAAUGGAGGGAUGAGGAAAGUAUUAUUUUAAAAAAAAAUUCAUGUAUUAAAGGAAAUUUAGCAGUCA